AUGGCCUCGCGAGCGGCGUUCCUCAUCACCGAGGUAAACAUUCGCACAGGACAAGCCCGCGAAUGGUGCAACCUCACCCUUGGUGAUGGAUUGUGUUUGGGUUCCAUGAGCUACGAGAUCCCCUAUGCUGCGCUCUACAACCAAGAGCCCGGCAUUCCGUUGUCCCUCAAAGCACCGAGCUUUGAGCGAGCACGCUUCACGAUGGAGGCGGGUACCAUCAUCGUGGACUUCGACCGUGCGACGCUGCAGGGAGCUCUGACGGUGGACGCCGAGUUCAACGACGGUGUGCCCGAAACGAUCGAUUACUCUACGCAGCCCGAUGGUCUCUUCGACUGUGCCAGGGUUUUCACCGAUCCGACCAUCCUCCUCCUCGGCCCAUAUCCCGAGACAGAGUGCAUUUGGAUGACCGACUCGCGUGUUCAAGUGAAUCUCCCUUCAAUCAUUAACGUCUCCGUUGGAGACUCGCUCUUCGUACGGCCCGACACGAUCUACACCAUCCCGCGGAAUGGCGAGUGGUCCCCCGCGGCCAUGGGCGGCGUGCAGGUCGAGCCCCCUGAUCCACUGGAGCCUCCGGUGAUUGUGCUGACAGGAUCUACGAACUUGGAUCAGUGUACCCCGGUGCGGCUGGUGGGAGUCGACUCCUUCCAGACGGGCAAACUGCCGAGGUAUUCGUGGGACCUGGUGAAUGGCACCGAAGAAGAUCCGAAUCCGAGGGACUUGACCAACAAUCCGAACCGGAUCAUCGAUGUGUCGAGGGAGCAGUUGGUGCGGGAAGCCUUGCGAACGGCGACAGAGUUUAACAUGGGCACCCUGGAGAUGCCGAGCGACUACAUGGAGGCGGCUACAACGUACAAGAUGCUGUUCUCCGUCACCAGCCGCUGGGGACUGACCACUGUGAAAGAGGUGAUGCUGACGAAGUUGAAUUUCCCAGCCCCCAUGGUCUCCAUCAAUGGCCCAGCACAGAUCAACCGAAGACGUCCAGAUCGAAUCACGCUUGAGGCCGUGGGAAUCCCCUCUGCGUGCGCCAACGCUUCCAACAACCUCGGGUACCGGUGGAUCGCCACCUCCGGGAAUCUCAACUUUGCAGACUUCCCAGACAUCAUCACCAGCGCUUCCACCCUGGCCAUUCCACCCUUCGUUCUUGAGCCAGAUACGACGAACACGAUGGAGUUCAAUGUCUACAACUUCACGGUGGAGUGCUUCGUGAACACCGUCCAGGGCAAUGUGCCCGAGCGCACUGCGUCUGCCACCGUCACCGUGCGAAUCUACCGCUCGGAUGUUUACGUCGUAUACAGGACGGCAUCGCGGAUGGUCACCAAGGGAGACAUCCUGGUCUUGGAUGUCCGUGGAUCACAAGAUCCCGACUACCCAACCUUGGAGGGACAGACCUUCCGCGGCACCUUUGUCUGGAGCUGCUUCACGCCGCCGCCAGAGCGUGGUGCUUGCUUCGGGGGCUCCGCCACGGGAAUCCUUGAAGACCUCAUCACCUGCCGACAGGACAUCGGGACGCAAAUGCAGGAUGGUGGGGUGACCUUCUUCGCACCCUUGUUCGACGACCUGAUUUUCUGCCGAUACACUCGAGGAGUGAUCAUGUUCCAGACGCAGAACUUCAGCUCAGGCGAGUACAAGUUCUCCGUGCAGGCUACGUCCUAUGAUGGUCGGCAAGCCAGCGAGGAUGUCUACAUUGAGAUGACCGACGUGCAAGUGCCCAAGAUCUUGCUGACCGUCGCGAACGCCCAAGCCAAGUAUCCAAUCUCCUUUCCUAUUCAGAUUUCCGGCACGGAGGAGAACACCAACAUCGCGAGGCGGUUGCAGAUUUCCGCCGAACCACGGGAAUAUUCUUGGACGGUCCUGGCAUACUAUCCCAACCCGGACUAUGACCCGGAUUUGGCAGAGGAGCUGCUCAACGAUCCGAACAACCCAUACACCGUCGAUCAGUACAAGUAUGUGGACCAGUCGGAUCGUUUCGACACUCGGGAUCAACGUCUCUUCCGGACAGAUCCGUCCUUGCCAAACAUCAUCAUUCAGCCAAAUGUCCUGCAGCCUUCCACGAAGUACAAGUUCCGGCUCAACAUCCAUCUGACGAAUGUCACGGGCUAUUCAGACAUUGUGAUCGAAACGGCCGGGCUGCCUCCCAGGAGUGGUCGUUUGGAGGUCACGCCGGUGAACGCGACGAUGGACACGCCCCGGGUGCUGAGCGCACCGAAUUGGGUGGCGACAGACCUGCCUUUGACCUACAACUUUGGUUACAUCAAGUUCGUGGAGGGCAACCCACUCGAUUCGAUGUUCAACACCGAUCGGCAGCAGGUCUCAUCCAAGGAGCUUCCACGACUCGUUUUGGGCGAAGCCAGCACUAACUACACGGUGCACCUCUUCGUGGAGGUCUACACGCCCUAUGGAGCGUUCUCCCGUGCGGAAGUGGCGGUGCAAAGUCUUCCAGUCGAAAACUUGUCGCAAGCCGUCAUCGACGGGCUCGACAAUGCGCAAAACGCAGAUGCGUCGAAUUUGGUGAACGACCUGGACUACAUCCUGUCUCUCGAUCCGGACCCGGGCACAGUCCAGCAGGUGAUUGACAUCUUGGAUGAGAAUGUGGACAACAUCCCGACGACACCGACGCAGCUGGAACGGACGGCAUCCACUUUUGCAGAGAUUGUGGCUGGCGGGCAGGAUUCCGAUCAAGUGCUUGACUUGGUGGAGUCGUUGGUUCAGACGUCUGCAAACACUGGGGCAAUCACGUUGGAAUCGAGCUUAGCGGGCACCUUCUUCGGCAUCUUCGGAAACCUCAUGCCCCCGCCGGCGGUGGAGCGGGGGAGGCUCUGUCUCCACGAGUUGGAGGGGCAGAGUCAGCAGCAUUACUGGGAGCGCACGGGCGAGAGUAUGGGCUGCUCCAGCCAGGAGUGCGCAUUCUCGAGCUGGGCGCCGGCACAGGUUGGCUGGGACUUUCUCUGGCCACGGCAUUUCCAGAUCUCGGACGACUUCUUCUUACGGCAUCGUGGCUUGUUCAUGCGGUUGAACAUGGACCUGCCCGGUGCUGAUAAAGUGGAGGUGGCAGCACUCGACUGGGCCGACGUCGAUGCCAGCGCCGUCUGUGAAGAGACCUGGGAUCUGAUUCUGGGUUCCGACCUCGUCUACAGCCGGGACACCGCUUCUCUGAUGCCGAAGGUCGUCUCACAGCUUCGACUUUCUCAGGAGCGCCGCACGGGCACGUCGCCUACGGCUGUGUACUGCCAGUCUCUGCAUCGGUGGGGCUUCGCUGGAUACGACAUACCUUUCUUGGAAGGCUGUGCCGCUGCAGGACUUGUGCCUGAAGCUUUAUGGCUUCAGGGCUACGGCCCCUGUACUGGACACCUCGAGCGUGACUGCGCCGCCGUGGAAGUCGACCGGGGAGUUCGGGCCCUGGCACAGCGGCCAGCGAUCUUCCGCCUGGCAGAAAGGAGUCGGUCGGGCGUGGAGCCUGUGGCUGGUGCGUGGCUGCGCUAUGCGGCGCAAUGGCGUCAAGAGAGAGAUACGGCAGCUGCUGCGAGCAUGGAAGCCGGCAUCAUCACCGACUUGGGCAGGGAGGCCUCCACAGCGCGGAUUGGCCUCGACCUUCCGAGACCUUCGACCUGCCGGACAUGA